UUACAAGAAAUUAAAUGGAUUUAUAAGGCCAGCUCAACAUUAAUAAUUAAAAGAGCUAGCUAGGCCUUGUUGGGUUGGGUUUUUGGGCCUAAGUGGCCAAGCCCCUUCUUCUCUACACGAUGGCCAACCCGUCUCCGUGGCCCUCACCGCUGGACGAUGCCUCCACCCCUUGGUAUGAAAUUUGGCUCCGAAAAACUAAGUCUGGAAACAAGGCGACACAAUGGGGUGCCAAACGACCGGGUACCAAGCCGGAUACCAAAUAGGAGGCCAUCCAAAAACUAAGUCUGGAAACAAGGUGACACAACGGGGUGCCAAACGAUCGGGUACCAAGUAAGGGGGUCAACGACGGGGUAUCCAGCCGGCUUGGUACUUUGACAUAGAAUUUGGCUAAGUAUAGAGCCAAAGGGGUACCAAGCCGCCAAGGCAGGCCUGGUGCUAAGACAUAUGAAAAUUGGCUAAGUAUGGGGACAAGAGAGUACCAUGCCGGCAAGACGGGCUUGGUACCAAGACAUGAAAUUUGGCUAAGUAUGAAGCCAACGGGGUCGGCAAGACAUGCUUGCUAUCCAGGCAAUAGGGUACCAGGUAGGCAAGUCAGUCUUGGUACUACUACUGUGGUUGGCUUGGUAGCAAGGGGUGUCAAGUUGAUUACAUGGACUUGGUGGCAUGCUAGAAGGUAUCAAGCCGAUGAGACGGCUUGAUAACAACCAACAAGUUAAUGAGGAGGACUUGGCAUGGUGUCAUGAGGUGGUAGCGGUCUCAAGAGCGGGGAGUCAUCAAGCAGUCGAGGGUGAGAUCAAGACCUCAUCAUGGUUCAUGGAGACUAAGGCAAGAACCUCAACCCAAUCCAGUCAUGACAAGGCUACACGGCUCAACACCAACCCAACCGGUAUCGAGGCCAUCAAGUACCCACCAGCCCCAAGAUGGGACAAGGACCCCAAGGCGAUGGUUACCAACUAGUCACCAAGGCGGGACAAGGGACCCCGAGGCGGUUUGGAGCAAGAGGCCAGCUAGCAGUUACUACGGCGGUUACCAAGGCAGUUACACCCGAUGGCUAUAAAUAGGAGAAACGAAGACAGGAAAAGGGUUCCACAACCAACCAUUUGACACACUAUGUCAAACUUUAUCUUUUCUAUGCAAAUUAGUCAUAGACUUAGUAUUCGGAACUCUCGCUGAAUCUCCAUAGGAGUAGGAGUAACGUAACUUAGUUUUAUCAGCCAUCAAAAACAUCAAACACCCUCGUUCGAACAUUGUUCGGAGAGGAGUGAACAGUGUUAUUAAUCGUUGUUCAAGAAGUCAAAGGUUCAUCUAUUGAAAUCAAACACUAGAGUUUUCCUCGCCGGAAAACAAAUUGGCACACCCUGU